ACACACAUGAGUGCUGGUGGUCAGCCAGUGUUCACUCAGCCAGUGUGAAUGAGCCACAGCGACGCUGCUUCCGAGCGGGAAGACAACAAUCCUGCUGGAAAUCACCGUCCUGAGCUGCUGGACUGCUGCGGAGGGCUCAACAACGUCGAUUAUUCGAAGAUGGACUUGACCCUGAUAGAAGAACUCCUGCGGCACAUGAAAUGUCAUGACUUCAGCUUCUGCGUCGCUGCGAUCGCCAUCAUUUUCAACCCUCUCUUUUGGAAUGUGGUGGCGAGAUGGGAGCAUCGUACACGGGGACUCUCCAGGAUCUUCGGUAGCCCUUACCUUGCCUGUUACUUCCUGGGCUUUGUCAUCAUUCUGCUCAACAUCUGUCGCAGCCACAGCAUAACCGUGGCGAUGAAAGCCCAGGACAGGUGGGAAUUGAUGGACAGGACAGAAAUCUCCUAUAUUGGUGUAGUUUUCCUGGUACUGGGCACUGUGCUGGUGGUCAGCAGCUUCCUGGCUCUGGGAUUCACUGGAACCUUUCUAGGUGACUACUUUGGCAUUCUGAUGGAUGAGAAGGUGACAGGCUUUCCAUUCAACAUCACUGAGAACCCCAUGUACUGGGGCAGCACUGCCAACUACCUCGGCCUGGCACUCAUGGGUGCCAGUCCUGUCGGUCUUGUCCUGACUGCUUUAGUAGCUGUGGCUUACAAGGUGGCGAUACAUUUCGAGGGACCAUUCACUGAACAGAUCUAUCAGGAGAGGAGUCAGCGCCGCAAACAUGAAUAACCGCCUCCCACCCAGACGCCUCCUUCUGCUGGUUUGGCAGAGGAUUCCCAUCCUGUCAUGAGGACAGACAGACUGAACAACAGAGUGACUUCCCAAAAGCCUUGAUUAUUAAUCCACCCCCAGUGUGGAUGUGACCACAAUGUUCAUAAUGCAGCUUCAUGUUAAGCUAUUGUUUUUAUUCCAUCUUCAUCUGUGGGAGUUAAAUGAAUGAAGCAAUUGUUUCUGUUCAGACCACAUGGCAUAAUUUAUUCUGAAAGGAUGUUCAAUUAAAGGAAUAGUCUGAUGGGGGGGGGUUCUUCAUUUUUUUGCAUAUAGUUAGAUCCAAACAGUGUUAAGUGUGAAGCUGGAGCCAGGAGCUAGCUUAGCAUGUAUGCUAGAAGCAGGGGAAAGAGCUAACCUGGCUCUAUCUAAUUCAAAAGUACACCUACCAACACCUCUUACCUCACUUUUUAACAUGUUACAUGUCAUUUGUUAAGUCCAUACACAAACAAAAAAGGAAAAUUAAUAUUGUCAAUUUUACAUGUGCUGUGUGUUUCUUGGUGAACCACAGCUAGCUGCAGUGACUUCUCAGUUUCAUAUUCACUUGACUGAAACUUCCAAAAAAAAAAAGAGAGAAAUACAUAAACAUGUCCUCUUUAAGAGCAGUCUUUCCAGAGACAUCAAUGUUUACAGUCUGGGUACUUUGGUAAUUGGUUCUUGCUACCAAAAAUCCCAGUUUUUAUACUAGAAAGACUGACUUUGGAGGACACUCACUUGAUUCAUCUAAAUUUGUUGAACUUGUCCCCAAUUGCUUUCUGAAGGGAUCUCCUUGUGGCCAGUGUAGACAGGAGGAACAAUUACAGCGACCAAAAGCCCUUUCAAUGAGGACGUCAGUAUUGUUUUAAGAUCGACUUCAAGAAAUGUGAACCUAUCCUGUUAUGUUAAUUAUCUGUGAUAUUACUAAUAUUGCAAUUUAAAAUUCCUUGUGUUUUUGUUUACCUUUCUAUCACUUUGUCAACAUGAAUACUACAGCAUUCUCAUCCAGGUAUUGUUAUUAUUGAUAUAAAAUGGUUCCAUUUCAAGAUGUUUAUAGUUUUUCACUAGUUAAUCAAUACCACCAGUUGUCAGUUCAAGUUUUGUAAAAAAAAAAAAACAUUUCUCAAGGAAUUUGGAUCUUUCUGGAAGUGUACUUCAAAGCACAUUUAAAAAAGAAGUUGAGGGCCAUGACCUCCAUGACAAAUGUAAAUCUGUUUUUUUUAUUUUACAAAACCAACACAAAUCCAAGAUACAGCUUUCAACACUGCCAUUGGUGUUUCAAAAGAAUUAAAAUCUUAUAGUUUGAACUGUUUUAAUGUUACAAUAUUUCACAUACACUGUUUUAAAAUUUCAGAAUAUUUUUCCAGUAAUCAUUAUAAUGUACCUAUGCAAACCAUUCCACAGUGAACAAUACACACUGCCUGGUGAUGUACUGUUUGUCAUUCUGGAUAUAAUAAAAGAGUGAGUCAG